AUGUUACUAUCAGCUCUGUUUCUGAGUCAAGGAACAACACAAACAUGUCCGUGUGCGACAGACUGAAGAGUUAAACCAGCAACAGACACCUCUAGUCAUCUCAACAAGAAGUCAUCGAGUCGACCGACUGCUAUAUAUGAUUCCCGUCGCGUUAACGGCCGACGACCCAGAAAGAUGCCGCAGAAAGCACUGGGAUCCAUUGUAGGUCUUCUUUGUACCGGGACCUGUCUGGUGCAGGGCAAGGAGUUCUGUUUCGGGGUAAACAAUGAGCAGUACCGCUGUGAGAUGGGGUACUGCUGUGGAGAGACAGAGUGCUGCACCUACUACUACGAGCUCUGGUGGUUCUGGUUGGUAUGGACCUUGAUCAUCAUGCUUAGCUGCUGCUGUGCCUACCGACACCGGAGGGUUAAGAUGCGUCUCCAGCAGGAGCAGCGUCAACGUGAGAUCAGCCUCAUGGCCUACCAGGGAGCCUCCAGCUCCUUCAUUUCCCCUCCACCACUCAAUCUAAGGUUCUGGAACGACUGCAAGCUUCCUGACUAUGAAGAGGUGGUAGGUCACCCCCCGACACCACCUCCCCCUUACUCUGAAAACCCCCCUGAGACUGCUCCAGCACUCCCUCCGCAACUGAGCCAGCCAGACGCCGCGGCGCCACAACCCCUGCCUGAGGCAAGUCCAAACAGUCAGGCGUCAGGCUCGUCAUCAGACCAGGAAGCAGCAUCCAUCCAAGCACAAUGUGUGGCAGAGGAGAACGUGGAGGCUCCUCUGAUGGCGGCGGCGGAGGAAGAGGAGGAUGAGGAUGAGGAGCUCGUCACUCGGCGUCGUCACGUGACCGGCGACUCAGGGAUCGAGGUGUGCGUUUGUCAGCUGGACGUCGACGAGGGCUCGGGGCUCGAGGAGGAAAGCGAUGAGGAGCACCGGAUGUGCAAGGUCGCCGGUCAGGACUGCUGCUCCGGGCGCCAGCAGCGGACCUUCAGACAGAAGGAGCACCCCUCCGAGAUGCCCAGCCAGACCGCCAGCACCAGCACUGGAGACCACAUGGUGUGAUCAACAGCGUAACUAACCAGCCAGCCAGCGUGGCUUUCUGCCUCACGCAGGGCGAAGACAAGAUAUCAUCAUCACCACCACAAGACUGUUUGUGUUUUAAUUCUUUGAACUAACACACAGGCAUGACGUCAAGAUGAUGAUGAUAACUAAUCCUUAAUGGCUCCUGAUUAGGACAAAUGAAUAACACAUUGUGUGGACAAACUUCUCGCUUUUUUUUAUUUUAGCUUUGCUUGAAUGAGAGAACGUCAUUGGGUAGUGAGGACGCAGCAAGUGCUUGACAGAAUUGACUGUUUCCCUCUCUCCUACCCUCUCCUUGAGCACUGCCGUCAUGUUUCUUUUUCUGUCCCCGGCAAUCUCCUUGGUCCGAACAUUUCCGGCCAUCCUCGCAUCUGACAUUUUACCUCCGGUGGGAUGGCCAGCUAGGAGCAUACCGACACGGUCAACAAUAUUUCAACCCCCUAUCCCUAACAUGACUCUGAAGCAGAGGAGUGAAAAAAAAACCUCUUGAAAACUGGACGAAUCGACAAGAAGAGCACACAAUUUUCUCCAAAGCUGUGUGCGUGAGAGUGUGUGUGUGUGUGUGUGCUGGGAAAUCUAGGGCACAGCUGCACGAUGAUGUCAGCUCUGAGGUCAUGGCAACCAGCGUCUGGUGUGAAGCCUGUGAGACUUUGCCCAUCUAGAGUGGGGGAAACUUAACACCCCCACUAACAUCAGAGGAGUUUGUUGUUUUGUCUCUGGGUUUUAAAUGUCAUACACCCCCUGGCCCUUGUUUUCCUUUUUUAAGGAUUUAUUUAUGGUGGGCACGUCAUCUCCCCACUUCGGUUAAAUUCAUAGUAAUAGCCAAGAGGGCUAUGCCACCAAUCUCUUUAAUCAAUAAAAAACCGUGUGGUGGCUUUGUGUUUUAUUUACUGAGUAGUAGUGGCAACAUUUUUGCUCAAACAUAAGUAUAUAGUUUGGAUGUUCAUAACAAAGGAUGCUUUUUUUUUUUCUCCAUUUCAUAACCAGCUAUGCUUCGGUUGCAACAAAGCUCCUGUCGUGGGGGCUGCUAGAGUGUGUACUAGUGAGUGGAUGUUAUAGUGCAGUAGGGAAGGGUUGUGUGUUUGUAUAUCUUUAUAGUGCUGUUAGCAUCUGGUUGUAAUACUUGCUCAGCACUGAGGUGGUGGAUUAACUAUUAAAAGCACUGGUGUUUUUGCAUGAGGCAUGAAUUUAUAUGUUUAUAUUUGAGUUCUUGGCAGUUAUGCUUCUUGCUUUGCUCAUCUGUUUGUCAAAUUGAUAGUGGGCUACAGAUGUUGGGGGUAAAGCAAUUGACUUGUGGUUUAAGUUUAGAUGCUCUGGCUCUAGUUUCAUUGUGUUGUUAUGACUGUGCGAGCCAUGCUAUGCUGGUAGCUAGUUAGCUGGUGCUCUCUCUGUAUCCUCGUAGCUCUUAGCAGUGUGAGGGAUUUGCAGUGGUAUUUUCCAUUGGCAAGCAGAAGCCGAGUGCAUUAGCGAAUUGAGGUGGAUGCCGGCUCUAGUCGGUGUUGGCACAGCUGCAGAAUCUAUUGUGAUUAACUGCAUGCUUGUCUGCAUUGCAUGUUGCUUGCCUGAUAUACAGUCUGUAUUCAAAAGCGAAAGCAGUCAAAGUGGUUGUUGUCAGCUGGGGAAAACCACCGCAAAAACAAGAUGAAAGUAUGUGCAAGACAAGCAGGAGCUGAUGAAAUGUUUUUAUUGAGAAUUUAGUUGGGAAUAAUGUCCAACAACUUUUUAUUUGUCUGCUCUGAUACUGUGUCAAAAUGGGCACAGUGUAAAAGACUCAGGUCGGUCAUUCUGCUUCACACAACGAGCACAGACUCACGCAAAGUACAGCUCCUGAUCUGAUUGGCCUUUAUCAUUGUUACAGUGUGUAACUUCCAUGCAGUUCUGUUCUAGAUAAAGCCAUUAAAAGUACAAAAUAUCCUAGAUACAGUUCAGUGUCUUGGCUGAAUUAGCAGUUUAAACUUCCAGUAUAGCUAUUAAUCAUGUUUCCAGCUGACAAAGUGGGCAGUAAAUGCCAACAUUUCAUGCCUGUAAAAUAUAUUUAUUCAGCUAUUAAAAUUAAUCGUCUCUUUAUUUCCAGCACUGAUUGAACUCUGACAAGGACACAUUUAGGAAAUUCUUGGCCUCUUAACAAGAAGCGAUACUGCGUUCUGCACAUGAAUCUGUAUAAAUCUAGGGCCAAUGAAAGUGUUUCCUCCAACUAGCAGCAGCAGCCCAGAGCUAUGUUCUGGCUGUGGUUAUGUUUCUACCAUUAGAGCUACACUACAUGCCGCUGUGGCUAAAGCCUAGGAAAACGAUAGAAGAGGAUCGGUCCGCCAAAAAUAUCAACAUAACGUGAAACAAGUUCCCUAAAAGCUUAAAUUAAAAGAAGAUUUUGGUUUCGUUUUCAUUAAAUAGGCCUGAGUCGAGCAGGUGCUUGAAUAAGAAGUCAACCUAACAUGACAACGACCUUUUCAGAGGAGCUGUUACACUCCGAGCAUGACUGCACACCCAUUAGCAGAAGUAAUAUAAGACAUUUUUUUGACCAACACACCUCAAGCUGCCUUGCUGCAUCUCUAGAGAGCGAAAAUGUCUUGAUUAUUGGAGCUGCACAGUAAAGUGUAGCCUCUGUGUGUGCGGAGACAGACUGCCUUAUUAGAGUAGAUGUGUUGAAUGGUAAUAGUUGCGUUGUCCCUAGCACGAGUGCUUCAGAGCAGAGGGGUGCUUUUGUGUCAGUAAAUGGAAAAGAGCAUCUGAGGUUGUUCCGAGAAGCAUGCGCUCGCUUUAUGAGAAGAGGAUGUGGUUUACAGACAUUUAAAGCCACAAGAUUUAAAGUGUCACAUGUCCUGUAGAGUUUUGUAUCAGAGGGCUGGUGGUGGUGUCGAAUUCAUAAUAGUGCGUGUGUCUAGUUAGUUGUGGCACUGAUGGAUUUUAGUCGAGAGCAGAUUUUGAGUUUGAGCUCAUUCUGUGUUUGUUCUACAGACCUGAGGCCUGCACUACGAAGCAGGAUUUGGGGUUAGUGAGGUAACUUCAGGGUUAACUCUGGGUUCUCAGUCCUACGACGGUGGUUCACUUCUUACCGAGGUAGAUCGCCAUGGUAACUUAUGCUGCUCCGGAGCAGGUUAUGUUCCAUAUAAGAGAUCAACUCGUUUAAAAGCACAGUCUACUGAACAAUCAGAGCUGAGUGCGCGGAUCUUAUUAGAAUAUUACACAAAUACGAAGAAGUUUAAGUCAUAAUCCAGGCUAAAAGCAACACAGUUUAAACCGACAAAUGCAGAAAAGACAGCUGGCUGUAUGCUGUGGGUGCUGCUUAACGCUUUGAAUUAUGUUUUUUUAUAUUUCUUUUUUUACUUGCUCUCGAGUCCGUUUCACACCGCUGGAGACGGGGACGCAGCUGAAAGAAGGCUGAAAUAGUCAAAACAUGCCACCAUUUAGACGAAUAUAUCUGACUUUUGAGUAUUCCGUUAAAUUAAUAAGUCUGUUAAUUUACACAUUCACAAAUGGGCAAUUAUUUCUUUUGCCAGCUGUCCUUCCUGCACUUGGCAGCUUCAACUGUGUUACUUUCAGCCUUGGUUAUGUAUUUAACUUUUUCGUAUUUGUCUAAUAUUAUAGUUUGCUCUUUGUUUGUAAAAUAUGACGCUCUACUGACAGUAGACUGGUCCAUGUUUGUGAUUGGUCAGAUGCUGCAAACUACGCCCCGUUCAUGUGAAUGCGUUCGCAGCCAGAUUGAGAAACCCUGGGUUGAUUUACAGAGUUGAUAACCAGAGUCGUUGGACCGCUUAGCGGGAUCUCGUUUGUUAGGGUUAUUGAAGCCAGAUAACGAGAAGAUAACCUGGGUAUGUUGAACUCUCUUCGUAGUACAGGCCUCUGGCUGCAAUUAGUUUGUGAUAUUUACUGGCUAGAAAGCAUGAGGAAAAUAUCGUAUUUUUUUUUUCUAUGUUUUUGUUGUGAUUUGGAAGACAGAAAUGAACUCCAACAAGACGUUGCUUUGUAACCUUCGUUGCUAAGGUGCAUUUUUGCUUAUUUGUAUACAUAUGUAGACAAAAAUAAUAAGGGGAUGGGGUUUUUUUUGUGCAUGAGUGAACUGGAGGUCCAUAGUUUCGCCCAUUGCCAAACAACUACUAUGCCUCCCUGUUUUUUUUUUUUAACAUUUACCGAGAUUAAGGGCUAUAUCAGUCAUCAAUUGUGGGACAAACAAGCAUCCAUCCAUUUCGUCUCCUCUGUGCUGUUCACUUAAAGCCACAGUUGCCGAGAUCCACUAUCUGAACAUGUUCGGUGUUUGGGUUUGGAUGUUCUUUUUUUCAAUGUUGUGGUGGAGCUCAUAUUUAACUAUAGCUGAUUGUACUGUAUAUGACUGUGUGUUUGUUUCAUAGGCUUUAACUUUGCCUUUUUUUUGUUUUGUCGACGGAGGUGCGUGAUGCGACAUCCCAAUGAGCCCAAUGAGAGCGAUUCUUUCUUAUGUAACUGGCUGCAUGUGUGGUUGUGGCAGGAGCUUGGUGCCUCCACCCUCCAUCAUCUUGGUAACAGAAAUUGUAGCCAACCGCUCUGCAUGUGCACCCUUGGAAACAGGAGGGGGCACAUCCACCCAUGCAGACAGAAUAAUCUACCAAAGUCACUGGCAUCUCCAUGCUACAUGAGUCGUCACUAUUAUCACCGGUGUGUGUUGUUGUCAUGACGAUUUGGUUUCCCACUCUCAGGGUUAUCUUUUAACAAAGCAGUGCUAGAGUUUUAAAUUAACACAUUUUCAGUUUCAUAAAGCCAAAGCAGUUCUUUCAUUUCCCCUAUUGUUGUCUUUCUGCAUCACGCAUCUCUGUAGUCUAUUGUACUUUACUCAACUAGGCUAUGCAAAAACAUACUGUAAUAUGCUGCGACCCCCCCCUUUCUCACUUUCUCUGUCGUACGUCUGUGGGCACCAGUACAAGCAAUAUAACUCUGAGUACUCGUGGCACUGCACUGUACUGUAAUCUACUUUGGUUGAUGUGCGUGUACAUGUGUUUGUUUAAGAAAAUGUGUAAACCUGUAAUGCUACUGCGAUGAUGUGAUGAGAACGUAUGCUUCAGUGUCAGCUGAGGGGCUUGAGUUAAAAAGCCAUUAUAUAUUUUCCCUCUUUUUGGCGUUUUCCUGCCUGCCUCCUCAACCACUAACCCUUUCUUCUCCUGACUUAUGGAUAAACCACAUUAUUAAGAUAUUUAAACCUGGAGGAAAAAAGUUGAAUAUAUUGUUUUUUUGUUGGAAUAAUUCAUGUUUGAUAUCUUUAAUCCACUUUUCCCAUCAUCCUCGUUUUUUGUUGCACUAAUUCGAUGUGUUGGUUUUCUCAGUUAAAGCAACAGCUUUCUUCUUUUUUUUCCAUCUUGACGAAUUUUCACUGACUGUUGCCUUUAAAUCCUCAGUUAUUACAACACCAUCCAUUUCAAAACUUUUAUAUAUUAUACAUAUGAAAGACCUCAACAUGGAACACAGUCGGCUUACAUUAGACCAGGACACAUUGGGCUGACACACUUUUUUUCUCAACCAUGAAUUAAAACCAAACACAUGGAGGUGCCGUGGUUGAGCUAUGUGGAUUUUUUUUUUUUUUUUAUGUCAAAAUGAGAAACAUCCUAUUUUAAAAGGAAGCAGACAUCUACAAACACGGAAUUUUUUCGACAUUGUUUUCCUAAUAACUUUAAACAAGCCAAAAUGAGUAAAGUGGAAAACAUUAAAGCACUGAAUGAUAGAUAAAAAUGCUUUAGUAAGAAGUCUGCUGUGUACUCGUUGGGUCAUCAUUUGUAUUUUAUUUUUUUAAUAAAACAGAGAUUGGCACUCAA